AUGGACAAAGUACCCAAGAAUUAUAUAUUUUUCGAUGCCAAUGAUCUCAGUAGCGAAGACAAAAAAGGCUUUGAUAUCAUUUAUCCCGAAUGGAAUGAAAUGAGCUUUUUUGAGAAACCUGACUGGUGUUCUAUAAGAAUGAUGCUGAAGACUGUCAAGCUACAUUCAAUCACGGAGUAUCACCGAGAAACGACCAGCCGCAAGUUGACAGUUAGCAUGGACAACAUGCGGCAAUCAAAUACGAUCAUUGACGUAGACUACAGUAAAUUGUAUAGUCAGCUCUACGCUGAUAAAGAAAAUGACAUUCACAAUGCUCCGGAAAUACAAAUUGACUUUACAAAGAACGAUGAUGUAAAACCCAAAAACAUCACUACAGGUUCUAUAAUAGUGGAUCAAUCGAAAGUGGCGAUGCCAUACGGCUUCAUAUGCUCAGAUGGUAUUAAGGAUCUCACAUCGGUAAUCACUGGAUGUGCGCAAUAUAUAAAAGGCAAUUGCGCUGUACAACUAGAUAGACACUUUAUUGAAGCGGGCUUUUUGGAGACUCCUAUGACUUCAUUCAAAAUGGUUAUUGGAGACAAAGACUUAGAAGAGAUGCUUCGCUGCAUCAGAGUGCUAGAAUGUGAUACUUUCGAAAGUUGCAUAGAGGCUGUCUAUAGCACGGAUAGUAUAUGUCGACGGGAGAGAGAGAUUUUCAAAUAUACAGAUUUCUCAUCACUCUUCGGUAUAACUUUGGACGCUCUUCGGUCUGGCAAACGAAGUGAAAAUGCGAAUUUUAUACGAGCAGUUAGAGACUGGAUUGAAGGAAAUCUUCAAACUAAAGCUGCAGCAUCUCUGAUGGCAGUAACUCUUUUCGACAUUGAGCUCGACUGGGGAAUGCAAGAAGCCUAUUAUGAUACCGAAGAGAUUAGUUACUUUGAAGGAGAUAUUGGAUAA